AUGGGCAGGACUCUCGACAAACAGUCUGAUAAUCAAGAAAUAUUUAUACCCGGGUCGGCUUUUUCGCUCGAUAAAGAUUCCAGAACCCAUUCUAAUGGUCAAAUUAACACGGACAAUGAAACUGAAGUGAUAAAACUUUCGUCAGCCGAGAAGACGGAACAAGUUAGGCCCGAGAGGAAUGGUGUUAAGUCGAAGACUCCUUGGAAAUCUAACACCGAAGGAGAAGCAAAUGGCACUGUGAUCAAAGAGUCUAAUGGCUCUACGAUAAACGCCCAUGAUGAAUCUCCGGAUAAUAAAACAUUAGAAAAAUCGGACAGCCCAGUUUCAACACCCAAUGAUUCGUCCGAAAUUAGCUCAUUGUCUGAAUCGCCAUCUGCGUUGCAGGAUGAUCCAAAGACAAAAACAUCCACAACCCCAGCUGCCGGUAUCACAUCUGAGGAUGAAGCAUCAUCGAGAAUGGACACCACUGAUAAUAGUAGGAGGAGUAAAAAAAGACGCUGGGAUGAUCGGGGUCAAACCGGAAAUGAUGAUGACAGCAACAUGUCCGAUGUCCAUAGGCUAGAAGGCAUGAUUCUUUCC